AUGGCAGACACCAGCAAGCUACAGGAAAAGCACAAUGCACUGGUGAAUUUCGGCUUUAACGAAGAAGGAGCAAGAAGAGCACUGAGAUUGUGUGGAGGUGAUGUUGAUCAAGCUUUUAGUCUUCUACUACUAUUGGAAGAGCGUGGAUUGGAAUGUGAGGAUGCAGAUGAGAGCGAAGAUGAAGAUGAAAGUGAGGAGGCUGAAGAUGUAUAUGAAAUAUAUGAAGAUGAUGAUCCAGGGUUUGCUGAUACUAGUAUUUCCGAAACUAAAGACUUUGGCUACUUACUUACUUAG